AGAAGUGCUCAGAGCAAGCAUGCUCGAAGAGGAACUUGGAGGUGGUAACUGAUGGCCCUGGGACGAGGGUGAAGCAUGGAUCUAGGGAGUGCGGCAGAGGCAGGGGUGCUUCCUGAGAAGGUUCUGCAGCUGGCACUGGUUCUUUGACGAGACUCUUGCAGUCAGUUUACAGCUGCUCAGGGGUCCUGCCCUUGGAGGCCCUCAUAAGAGGUCAGCUUCCAAAGCCAGGAAGGCCCCUCCCAGGGGUGGGGAUCCACCACUGGGGGCGUGUGAGUGCCAGAGGGCCGGGCUUUCACAGAAAUGAAAGUGGAAGCCAGGAGCCGCCUGAAGUGUGCUCCGGGCCCUGCUGUGACUGGGGGAUACUGACGCCCACAAAGGGUACCCCAGCAUUCGUCCUGGUGAACGCUGCCAGUUCCACCCAACUCUGAAGCCUGGAGUGCCAACCGGACCCCAGACCCAUGUCUGUUACCCAAGAUACCGGCUCUUUCCUCAGCCUUCUGGAGGAGCAGAACCGGCUCAAGAAGAGAUUAUGGGAGCUCCAGGAGCUGAAGAGAGAGCACAUGCAUUUCCCCCAGGACAAGGUCAGAGUGCCGUUCCCGUGUCCGGAGCUACCGCUGGUCUUUCGAGGCCACACGCAACAGAGCCGGGCAGCACCCAAGGCUUUGCUUUCCAACCUGCGAAUCUGCACCCCUCUGCCUGGAGGCUCUGCUGUGGUCAUCUUUGAUGACCUGAAGGUGGCUGAGCAGAUCCUGCAACAACAGGAGCACGAGAUCCACAUGGAAGAGUGCCGGCUGCGCGUGCAGGCCCAGCCCUUGGAGCUGCCCAUGGUGACCGCCAUCCAGGUGUCCAGUCAGAUCAGUGACCGGAGGGUGCUGGUCAGUGGGCUUCCUGCGGGGCUCCAGCUGGGCGAGGAACAGCUGCUGGACAAGCUGGAGAUCUUUUUUGGCAAAGCCAGCAACGGGGGCGGCGAUGUGGAGAUCCGGGAGCGGCUGCAAGGAGGCGUCAUGCUGAGCUUCAUUGAGGAUGGAGUGGCCCGGCGCCUGUGCCAGAUUGGCCAGUUCAAGGUGACACUGGAUGGGCGCCAGGUGCUUCUAAAAGUCUCUCCUUACAUGACCAGCGAGAUCCAGAAUGCCGAGGUCUGCCUCCAGCCAGUGUCCCGUGCAGUGGUGGUGCGCCACAUCCCGGACAUCCUGGACGGCCCCGAGCUGCAAGACAUCCUGGAGAUCCACUUCCAGAAGCCCACCCGGGGGGGCGGGGAGGUGGAGGCCCUGAAAGUCGUGCCUCCUGGCCGGCGGGGGCUGGCUGUCUUCACCUCCGAGUGAAGCCAGGGCUCUCUUGCCUUCCUGCUCACUAGGGGUGGGGCUUUGAGGCUGAGCAACUAGGCCAAAGGAGAGUAAACGUGCCUGGGUGGCCUGCUGUGCUUC